AUGCAAAAUAAUACAUUAUUCUUCCUGUUUGCCGUUUUUCUUGUUUCACUAUGUCAUACUUUUGAGUUGGAUCAUCCGGAAAAUUUGAUGUGGAGAGCUCCAGAAGGGGUCCGCGUGAAAAGACAAUGGGGUGGUGGAUAUCCUGGAAUGUACGGAGGCGGAGGUUAUCCAGGAAUGUAUGGAGGUGGUGGAUAUCCGGGUGGUGGUUAUGGAGGUGGAAUGCCAAUGGGCGGAAGCUAUGGAAGCAGCUCUUGGGGAAGCUAUUCGAGCUCAAAAUCAGGAGGAUUCAGCAGCUUCAAUACUGGAUUCUAUGGAAGAUAA